CACAUCAGUGACUCAACCCACUCAAGUGACACACCCCUUCUUGGGACAUCAUGAAAGAGCCCCAGUAAGCAGUGACUCAGCCCCUGUAAUAGGGUUAGAGGCAGAGAAUCCCAGUGUCUUCCACAUUUAACCCAACCCCUCUGAAUCAGAGAGGUGUAGGGGGGCUGCCUUAAUCGACAUCCACAUCAUCGGCGCCUGGAGAACAGUGAACUGCCUCGUAGUCUUGUUUUGCCUUUCGGUUACGGGCUCAACUCUCCUACCCACCAGGCUACCUGCCGCCCUAGUUAAACUGUACAUAAAACUUUGAACAGUUCUUAUUUUCCUAAAUAAACAAUAUAUUGCUUGUAUGUUCUGGCAACUCAGUGAUUGUGAUCAUUGUGAUGAUACAUUUAAACGUCAUUGCCACAUUGGUUUUUGGACGUGAACUGAAUUGUCCCUGGUGGUAUCCUCCAACCAUCCCAUCUAGCGGAGAAAGGAGGAAAAACACGUACUUCAACAGAGGAUUUGGAACUUGACGUUUAAGACGUAUCCGUCGACGACCACCAGAGGGCGCUAUAGUACUAGGCUACAAUAUUACUGGGGCGCGGUGUAGGACCAUGAACUAUACCGACUGUGUUUAAAAGGAAAGUUAUUGCUCUUUUAGCAUGAACUAUACCGACUGUGUUUAAAAGGAAAGUUAUUGCUCUUUUUUCCUAUGUCAUGUUUCAGUCACACCUACCGUGCGCGCACACACACCCUCAAAUAAGAUUUCCACAUUCCGUUUAAAGUUGUUGUCCAACUGCAUUGCUGGGAGGCAGGGACAGAGACACACCCAUAGGCAAAAGACUCAGGAGAGUGCGGCGAUGGUGAAUCUGUAGUUACUAAGUCACUCCGUUAUUUAGGUUGACGUGAUGACGAGGUCGUGGCUGCCGUCCCUGCUGUAGGCUAGUCGUUUUUACAGCGGGUUACAUGCUGGCUGUCGCGGACCGGUUGACAGUCGUGUUGGUAAGGCUAUGUGCAUCUACUGAAGACGAGGCAACAGGUUUCAACCAUGGCCGUUAAAGAGAUGUUCUCUCAGUGGGCUCUACUGUUGCUGUGUACUCUCCCUGUGAUGACCGUCCACUCAGAGGGGUGUCAGUGUCCAGGAGGCACCAUUUUGGCCCAGUUUCCCUCUGUCCUACCCGCUGAGGCCUGCUGUCUGAACUACUCCGGCUCCACGUUCGGCCAUGUUCGCUGGGCCAUGCUCACCAACAGGACCAGACUACAGCUCCUGGACCUGUCUCACUGUACCAUCACUCAGAUAGACCUGGAGGACACAGAGACCACACUCUCUCCUCUCCAGGAGGUCUAUCUGGGUCACAACAGACUGACCUCCAUCCCAGGGAACUUCCUGUCAGAUCUGCCCAGCCUGAAGGUGCUGGAGCUGGGCAUGAACCAGCUGAGGGAGCUGCCUGAGGAUUUCCUCAGGGGAUCUGACGGCCUUCAGGAGCUAGAUCUCAGGGGCAACCUCCUCCGUUCUCUCCCCACCUCUGUGCUGUCUCUGCGGGGUCUGCAGAGGCUGGAACUGGUGGACAACCCCUGGGACUGCUCUUGCUCCCUGGUGGAGGAGCUAGACAACAACAACACCAGCCUGCAGGGCAUCGUGGGUAACAUCACCUGCGCAUCUCCUCGGAGCCUGGCUGGGCGGCUCGUGUGGUCGGUGGCACCUGGUGACGUCUGCCGCCCACCAGGGCUCACGGCACUUUUCAUCCUCCUGCCCCUCUUCAUCCUCCUCGGCCUCGUCCUCUGCUGGUGCUGUGGGAGGAAGAGGAAGACGAAGGAGAAGCCGGCCUUCGGCUCCUCCAAGAAGAAGGCCUCCCACUCCCAUUCACCCAACGGUCACCACCACCACCACCACCGAUCCAAGCCCCCAGCAGGCGGAGGAGGGGGUAACUACCCCACGGCCGGGGACAGCAGCAGGAAGGAGAUGUUGAAGAACCAGCUCCUCCUGCGACCCUCCUCCGCCCUUCUUGGCUCCACCAGGGACAUCUAUGAGGAGGUGGAGAUUAAAGUAGAAUCUGUGGAGUCCCUCUCUCACUCCCUCCCCAACUCCCCUCCCUCUCCUGGGUCCUCCUCCCAGACAGAGGGCCCCGAGCUGGACCUGGGCGGACAAGCAGAGCUGGAUGCAGUGAGUGUGACGGAGGUGAUGAAGGACUCAGCAGACAGGGAGAAGGCUUAUAUGACCCAGACCACUGAAUACUACAGUCUGGUGCCAGGGAUGGAUCUGGAUGACUCAGAUCACGCCCCGGACUAUGCCUCGGAUCAGGCCUCGAACCACGCAUCAUCAGACCACGCAGAGUACGAGAGUGUUGACCUGUCGUGAGAAUGGACAUAGGUUCGCUAGAAGGAGUGUGUCUCUCAUGACUGGCUGACUGGCUUGAGUGUGUGAGUGUGUGAGCGUGUGAGUGUGUGAGUGUGUGUGAGUGUGUGUGAGUGUGUGAGUGUGUGAGUGUGUGAGCGUGUGAGUGUGUGUGAGCGUGUGAGUGUGUGUGAGUGUGUGUGAGUGUGUGUGUGUGUGAGUGUGUGAGCGUGUGAGUGUGUGUGAGCGUGUGAGUGUGUGUGAGUGUGUGUGAGUGUGUGUGUGUGAGCGUGUGAGUGUGUGUGAGUGUGUGUGAGUGUGUGAGUGUGUGUGUGUGUGUGAGUGUGUGUGUGUGAGUGUGUGUGAGCGUGUGAGUGUGUGUGUGUGUGUGUCAGAGAAAAAGAGAGAGUGUUGAAUGUUCCACAGAGAUGUGGUCGGAACUGAAUUAUCAAUCACAAUCAUAUGACAGGAAGUGGGGUCACCUUGAGAUCUCCAGGAUGGGAUUGACUUGAGCUCCAGUGUGACCAAAUCAUCCACUACCACCACCACAACCACACCACCACCACCACCACCACACCACCACCACCACAACCACACCACCACCACCACCACCACCACCACCACCACAACC